UGGAUUGGUGUGCACUCCUGAUGCCCCCUCUUUUAAAAAGCUUCCUUCUCCAACUCGGCAGCUCGACUCACAUGAGAGGCAGCAGAGGCGAGACUCGGCAGCAUCACUCACACCUGAGGAGCUGAAGAGAGAACUGCAGAACCGACUGACUCUUUUUUUUCUUUUCUUUAGUUUGUCUCAAUGCUGUAGAAGAUCAGAGAAAAACUAGAAAAUCUUCUGCAACUGAGAGCGUUGGCACAAUGUUGGAAUUAAAUAAGGUGGCACUCCUGCUGUCUUUCCUGGCCUCGGUGGCUCUGGGCCAAGGAUAUCUGUGGACCAGGAGCCAGUCAGACCGGAGCAGAAGAGUGGCCCUCAACACAUUCACUGACCCUCAGACAACAGGUGUGACUGAGUGGACGUCUUGGUUCAAUAUCGACCAUCCUGGGGGAAAUGGAGACUACGAGCGCCUAGAAGCCAUUCGUUUCUAUUACAGGGAGAGAGUCUGUUCACGGCCUACAGCCAUGGAGGCUCGCACCACGGAUUGGGUGGCAGCGGCAGACACCGGGGAGGUGGUUCACUCUAGUCUGGAGAAAGGCUUCUGGUGCAUCAACAAGGAACAGCCCCAAGGUCGCGUCUGCUCCAACUACCACGUCCGCUUUCAGUGUCCCCCAGUGCAGAGCUACUGGACUGACUGGAGCGAAUGGGGUCCCUGUUCCACCACGGUUUGCGAUGAUGUCGGCAUCCAGGUCCGCCAGAGGAAAUGCGUGAGCAGUCAGCCCAUGCCCCUUCUGUUGGUGCCAGCAUGUCAAGGGCAUCAUUCAGAGAGAAGGGAGUGCUCCAACCCUCCAUGUACAGCCAAGUGGAGUCCGUGGGGUCGCUGGGGUUCGUGUUCAGUGACCUGUGGUGGCGGGCGCAGGAUUAGAAGAAGAACCUGUGUGAGAUCCUCAGUGACAGUCCAUUGUAGAGGACGGCCUGCUGAAAUACAGAAAUGUGGAAAGAGUCCAUGUCCAGUGAAAUGCCAGCGCUUAUGCACUGAAGGUCAUCCCAGUGAGGACUGCAGCCACUGUGUAUGUGAAGGCCACAUGCUGCAUGGAGACGUCCACACUGUGACCGGCGUCCCUGUGGCUGGAGCCUAUGUGGCUCUGGCCAGCCAUCCUAAGAUCAUUCGUGCUCAAACUAAUGCCAAAGGUCACUUCAGGCUCCCAGGAGUUUGCUCCUCCAGUUCGACUCUGAUCGCCAUCAGGAAGGAGAAGUUUGUCCCGAUCACCAUCUCCACCUCCAGUAACACCACUGGGUUGUCCUGGUUACAGGCUGUCCUCAGAUCAGCCGAGAAGCCAUACAUUGUGAAGCACCCAGAGGACAAAGUGCGCUAUGAGGGAGGACGGGUGCUGCUGUGCUGCAAGGCAACGGGUUCACCGGCACCUGACAAAUACUACUGGUACCACAAUGGGACUUUGCUGGACAGGAAGGUGUACAAGUAUGAGGAGGAUCUUGUACUACGGGAUCUGAAGCCAGAGCAGUCGGGACAGUACUACUGCAAAACCAGCAGCCCUGUAGGCAGCAUCAAGUCAUCUGCAGCCCUCCUUACUGUGAUUGCCAAAGGAACACCAGCAUGUAAUUCUACCCCUGAGACGCACCUCAUCAGACUACCGAUGGACUGUGUUCAACCCGGGACUCACUCCAACUACUACAACGCCGGCCGCUGCCCUCACAACAAAUGUGCUGGUUCCCUUGACUUUGACAUGCGCUGCAGAGAUGGAGCUGGAUUCUGCUGUGGGGUGCAAAAUAUGGAAAGUCGAGUCAUUGACUGCGGUAGCUAUAGCCUCCCUAUCCGGGCCGUGACACAGUGCAGCUGUCAGAAGUGCAUGGAGCCAACGCUGCUGGUUCGCGGUAGAGUGGUCACAGCUGACAAUGGUGAGCCACUGCGGUUUGGGCACAUCUACAUUGGUAAAGAGAGAGUGGGCACCACUGGAUACCAAGGAGGCUUCACGUUACAAAUUACUCCUGACACACAGAGGUUAGUGGUGAAUUUUGUUGACCCUACCGAGAAAUUUCUUGACACUCCGAAGGUGUUCAUCUUUGACAGGAAAGGUGGCUCCAUCUAUCAUGAUGUAAAAGUGAUGAGAAAGCAGACACCAAUUGAUAUCUAUGCAGGAGAGACCAAUGCUAUUAACCUUGGAGAAAUGAAAGGGGAAGACCCUAUAGGGCAGUUGGUGAUCCCUCCCAAUUCUUUCCAUAAAGACAAUGGAGAAAUAUACGAGGGGACAGUUAAAGCUAGUGUCACAUUCAUUGAUCCAAGAAACAUCACAACAGCAGCUGCAACCCCUGGCGACCUCAACUUUGUGGAUGAUGAGGGUGACAUGCUCCCUCUGAGAACCUAUGGCAUGUUCUCUGUGGACUUCAGAGAUGAGACCAACAAGGAGGUUCUUGGAGCUGGAGCAGUCCAAGUACUUCUUGACACGCAGCAUGUCAAAAUGCAAGAGCACAUUCCCAUUAUGAAGCUGUGGUCUUUAAACCCAGACACAGGAGUCUGGGAAGAGGAGAGCAACUUCUCCUACAACACAACGACUACUGGUGGUCAUGGGCGGAGCAAGCGUGAGGAGCGAACGUUCCUCAUUGGCAACAUGGAGAUCAGAGAGCGAAGACUCUUCAAUUUAGAUGUGCCUGAAAGCAGACGUUGCUAUGUCAAAGUCCGUGCGUACAUGAGUGACAAGUUUUUACCAAGUGAACAGCUAGAGGGUGUCGUGAUCAGCUUGAUAAAUCUGGAGCCUAAGCCUGGUUAUUCUUCCAAUCCCAGGGCAUGGGGUCGUUUUGACAGUGUCAUAACUGGGCCCAAUGGAGCCUGUUUACCAGCUUUCUGUGAUGCCCAGAGGCCCGAUGCUUACACAGCUUACGUCACAGCAAUAAUGGGUGGUGAAGAACUGGAGGCAGCUCCUUCAUCCCCAAAGAUGAAUCCAAACAUCAUUGGAGUGUCUCAGCCCUAUCUAGAUAAAAUAGAUUACCAGCGUUCAGACCACGAGGAUCCAGCUCUGAAGAAAACAGCAUUCAAGAUCAACUUAGCAAAGCCUAACCAAAACAAUCUUGAUGAGACCAAUGGGCCAAUAUACCCAUAUCAGAAUUUAAUAGCUUGCGAAAAUGCCCCCGCUGAUGCAAAUCAUUUCAGAUUUUUCCGAGUGGAAAAGGACAAGUAUGAAUACAAUGUUGUCCCUUUUGAAGAGAACGAUUUGACAACCUGGACAGGAGACUACCUCUCCUGGUGGCCCAACCCUCAGGAGUUCAGAGCAUGCUUUAUCAAGGUCAAGAUCCAUGGACAGAAGGAAGUGAUGGUUAGGUCUAGGAAUCAUGGAGGGACACACCCAGAGACAAAAGACAAACUUUAUGGCAUUAGAGACAUUCGCAGCACCCGGGACAUGCGGGAGGCAAACACCUCAGCAGCCUGUGUGGAGUUCAAAUGCAGUGGUAUGUUGUUUGAUCAAGCUCAGGUGGACAGGUCCCUCAUAUCGAUCCUUCCACAAGGGAACUGUCGCAAGAUCAACACCAACAGCCUCCUGCAAGAGUAUCUCAUUAAACAUCCACCAGUCGCUCAGAACAAUGAGUCCCAUGCCUUCACCAUGCUAGCACCUGUCGAUCCUUUGGGACACAACUAUGGCAUCUACACAGUUACAGACCAGAACCCCAGAGUGGCCAAAGAAAUCGCUAUCGGGCGCUGCUUUGAUGGCACCUCCGAUGGUUUCUCCAGAGAGAUGAAGUCAGACUCAGGAGUGGCACUGACCUUCAGUUGUCCAGAGAGGAAAAUUAACAGGGAAAGCCUCUUCCAGCGUCUGCAGACCAACCCAGGCCAGACGUUGUCUCAGAUGGCGAGGGACAUGAGGGAGUUGGAGGGUCUGCAGGUGCAGAGAUCAUCCACCCAGGUGGUGGCUUAUCCCUCUGAGCAGCGGGGCAGGACCCAGAGUCGCAGCAGAGUUAGCUCCACAACCAGGAGGAGAGUGUCCACACGUGCACAGCAACGCCAGUAGAGGUGCCAAGAAGUCUUCCGUUGAAGUCAAUGUGAUGGCAUCUAUUCCUAAAAGUUGUCCAUCUGUUGAUGAGUGUGAAUUCCCUCGACUGUGAGAAUCACAAAACCAAGACAGACAGCAAUUCAGCAAAAUCAUCAAGUAUGAUUGAAGAUAUUCGUUAGUGUGAUGCUUACUUGAAGGGUUUGGUAUAUUAAUGUCUUCCUUCCUUCCUAAAAGACAAGCAUCAUUUGUCUUUAACUCAGUGACUGGCAUUUAUUUAAUUGGCUUUGGUGUAAUUUUUUGAAUGAAUACGCUAAAUUGACAGCUGAGAUUGUAAGUUUUAUAGAGUUCAUUUGCAACAUUCCACUUUCCCCAAUGAUGGGUGUUUUCUGCUGACAACUUUCAAUGCUUGAGUAGAAACCAAACCUUCCAAAAACUGCAAAUACUAUGGUAAGCCCCAAACACUUCAUAAUUGACCAUCGCUUUCCACUGAACUCAUAAGUUUCCUCAAGAUCAGAAAGAAACCAACAUGAGGUCCUUGUUGUCCACAGCAGACACUGAGCCUUUUUUCUUCGAAGUGGGAAACUCUCUCCACCAAAAGGAGGCACUCUAAAAAGAGACAGUGGGCUGAGGCAUGCCACCCAGGGAACACAGGAUGUUUUCAGUCAAGCUUUCUCAAUGUUUUUCGUUGACAUGUCACAUUGCCAACUGUGAUUCAGUCAAACGUCCUUCCACACCUACUUAAAAUGUGCAAGAUCUAGGUUGUCGCCAAGACAAACAGGGAUCUCAAAACCAGCAGGCAGUCUAAAAAAAGAUAAUUUAUUGGGAGGUAUGACAUAAUUUCCCCUUCUUUCCUCUUGCACAUUCCAAAGUCGCAUAUCACCAAACAAAAGUUACUCAAAACAAACUCAGUUUCUCAGCAAAAUGCUCUUUCAGGGUCUAAUUGAACUUUGUUUUAGUUGUUAGCUGCCUUUGUAUCUUGAAGUGCAAUAACUAUAAUUAAACUUGAGAAUCAGUCAAAUCCAGCAUGUUCCAAACUAUUAUGUUGGUUGAGUGAAACAACUCCUUCAGUAUAUGACACAGGCAGUGUGGCAAAGGUGUUUGUACAAGAUCUUGCACAGGACACAUUUUAUGUGAUUUUUAAGCAAAUAAUUCUGCUAUGUAAUCAUUCUUUGAAUCUGCAAGUGUAAUAACAUUUUCAUACUGUGCUGCAUGACUCAGCUGAUCUUACAAUUUGUACAUCACAUUAAUCUUUUUAGCUUCGGAGUGGUAUCUUGUUAUAGGGCUUGAAACUCUCAGCAGAGCCUUCUCUUCAUUAAUUAAACAAACUGCAUAAUUCUUAACCUCUAAGAAUAAGUAAGAGACGCACUUCUGUGUUUACUGGCCAGGUUUCUAUAAAUACUGUCCAUGUGACAGAGUGCGGGAUAACAUAAAACUGAAGUCAGUAAAAAGCAGAAAGUUGACUCCCUAAACACAUUUAUCUGUAACACUGGCUCUUGCAGACCCACGGGAGAAACUCCUCAAGCUGAAAUAAUCCAAAUCCAGAUAAGGGGCAUGAAGGUCCUUGGAGAAACCAGAAGAGCCUGACAAUUAAAUAUAAGUCUGCUGUUAAUUAAAAAGUAAUUUACAUAUUCUGUUGCAGGCAGUUUGAUUCUGACUUUCACAAACAGCCAAACCUUUCAAGAAAGCAAAGACUGAACUUAAGUAAUUAAUAAUUUAUUGGGCCCAAGAGUAUUGUGGUCCAACAUAUUUACUAUCAAAAUGCCACUUAGAUCAUGUUAGAGUUAACUUUUGGAGAUGUUUUCAGUUCAGUCCACUUAGGCUUCAUAACAUCUUCAUUCCUAAUGUGCAACAGAUGGCUAUAGCAAAGUUGUGGAAAUGAAAACCAUAGAUUGUACCCCACACACUUGUACAUGUCCCCACUCCUUCCAUGAGUGAAACACUCCAAGAGUAGACUCUAGUUCUUAGUUUCCCCCGGAAACUAAGAACUAGAGUGACAGUCUAUGGUACCUUUGCCAUUAUCAUUGACCUUUCUAAUCACAGUUCUGUGGGCAGUCCAAGACUGUACACUUCAGAUCUCCAGACUAAAACAAACAUCUCUCAGCAGCAUUUGCACCAUCCACCCCAUAAGAAAGACGAUGAUCGACUCCAGGUGUGGAAAGAGAUAAGUCCUAUAAAAAUGCAAUACUGUGUGAGGUCAGCUGAGGAGGCCCAACAGAUGUAAGGCAACUGAAGGAAAUGUUAGACCAAAGACAUCAGGAGAAAGAAAAGCAAGAUUAUCUUGUGAUGGAUUUAAUCAUUUUGGGGUGUUUGGUAAAAGGAAAGGGAAAAUAUUAGCGGUCUUUGGCUUUCACAGUCCAUCACUUAGAGGAUCUUGAGCUUUCAAAGUGGUUGCACAUGGAAGAAUGUUGGUUUUCUUCCUAGAAUGCUUUGACAGGAGAAUUGACUUAUUCAGGAGGAGAAGUUAUCAGGGGAGUUUGAAGGACAAGGUAACAAUAAUAGCCUGAGUAAAGCAUUAUGUAAGGCUUUGCAUGGGAAAGCAGGCUGUGCUUUCCAAAUAGUUACUUUGUCUUUGGGGAACUUCAAAGGAGAUUAAAGAACCUCUGAGAUGGUUGGUUUAAUGACUUAAGAAAAAGUUCCCAAAGUCUUUAAAAUGAAAAAAGAUGAGUUUAAGCCAAAAUCCAACAGAUAAAACACAUUGCAAACAUUAUCUCAUUGAAUUUCCAUGGGAAGGGCAGUAGUAGUAGCAACUUUUGGCCUAAUGGGGCUUAAUGUACCCUUUUUGACACUUUCAAAUGAAUAGUUCGACUUUGUGGAAAAUAUGGCAAAAAAGAAAAUGCUUCCUUGCUGAGAGUUCGACAGGAAGAUCAAUAGAACUUUCAGGCCUGAUAGUUCGGGAUGAGGCUUCAUUUUUAUCACUUUGAUAUUUGCACAAAAACAAUGAACAAGACAUACUUUUAAAGGUGUUGGUGUGCAAAUUUAGCUGCAAACAGAAAACUGAGGCGUUUUUCCUUAUAACUGUAUCUUUUUGCCUUGCAGAUGUAAGAGUGGUACCAGUAUUCUCAUCUCUUAAAUCUUGACAAGAAGACAAAAAAAGCAUAUUUACCAAAAUGUGGAAUUUUUUCUUUAUGAAUACAGUUUGCUUAUGGUACAGUUGUAAAAAUACUGAAAAGAGUGAGUCCUGUGCUUGAAAGAUGGUUAUUUUCUUGGGUAUUAUCCAUCCUCUUAGACCAGUUGGCCACAUUUAAGGUGCUUUGUGCCAACUGAAAUUUGAAAAAAAGGAAUCUGUGAAGCUGAUUUCUUGACCUGAUUUUGCCUCUCUGUCACAAUAACGCUUACCGGCACUAUUUGACUUUAAAGCAGAAAAGCACAAAGUCUCAGAACUCCUGCCAGAAACCUCUGACAAUUUCAACUCAAGCAUGAACCGAUUAAUCCAUUUUCUCUUCUCUGCACAGUCCAGCUGGUCUCAGGGAGAUCAUAAUUUAUUCAGGAGGUCAUCCUUGAACCUUUCCACUACUUUCUGGAGUAUAUGGAGAGACGUGUACAUUUGCCACUGUGCCCCAGGAAGCAACCCUGAGUAGUAAAAGAAUUACAUAGAUGAACUCCUGGUAAUACUCUGUAGCGCUAACUAUUGCAUGGUGAUGCUCAUUGCUUUGUUUCUCUCAGAAUUAAAUUUUUAUGUGUAAAUUGUGUAUUGUAUUAAAUCUGCUAUUAUUGUAUGAACAAGAAACUGUAAAUAAAUGAUUUUGUGUUAA